UCUCAGCAUGGAACUGCUGAGUCAUGCCGUAGCAUUUGCCCAGAUGUUGCAUUGGCCUGUAUCCCUCAUCAUCCUGUCUGUCCCUUAAGGUGGGGAAUAAAGGAGUCGUCAGUUUACAUCACAGACAGCAGAGAACAAAAUAUGGUCCACUGCUGAUGGAGCCGUCAGACCUUUCUGAGACCAGUGCGCCCCCUGUGGCGCUGUGGCACGUCAAUCUGGAUUUCUUAAGGUUCAUGCAACAGUCGGGAGAGGAAAACAGCACGGCAGAGCAAUGCUUCCGCUCUCACUCUCGCAACAGCGUCCUCCAGGGCCUUCCAUUUGGUGGGGUGCCCACAGUCCUCUUCAUAAAUGUGGUGCUUUGGAUGUUGUUAUUACUCAUCUUUUCUUGUCUGAGGAAGGCUGCGUGGGACUAUGGCCGUCUGGCUCUGCUUAUGGAGAAUGACAGUCUUACAUCCCUGUUUUAUGGAGAACCGAGUGAAAAAGAGAAGUCUCCCUCAGAGUCCAGCCCCUCAGACUCUGAGACAAAGGACAUGGGCUUCUGCUCAUGGCUUUCAUCUCUUUACCAUAUGAAGGAUGAGGAGAUCCGCAGCAAAUGCGGCAUCGACGCAGUCACGUACCUGUCCUUCCAGCGACACAUUAUGCUUCUCAUGACGGUGGUUUCCCUGCUGUCUUUGGCUGUAAUCCUGCCGGUCAACUUCUCGGGGAACCUCCAGGGAGACAGUCCCGAAGACUUUGGAAGAACAACACUGGCUAAUGUUAGCGCAAAGGACAGCUUUCUUUGGCUGCACAGCGUCUUUGCUCUGGUUUACUUUAUCAUCACUCUGUUGUCUAUGGCUCACCACUCGGCAAGGCUGGAACACCGAGAGGAUGAGAAGGCUUCAAGGACACUGAUGAUCACCUCCAUACCCAGAGAGAUCUCAGACCCAGAACUCAUCACCAAGCACUUCCACGAGGCCUACCCCAGUUGCACCGUCACCGACAUCCGCUUCUGCUUCGAUGUUCACAAACUGAUGAAGCUGGACUUAGAAAGGCGCAAGGCAAUGAAAGGCAGGCUGUAUUUUGCUACAAAGUCCCUAAAGGACAGGAAGGUCACUAUCAUGAGCCAUCCGUGUGCUCAGAUUUUCUGUUGCGACAUAUGUGGCUUUGAAAAGGUAGAUGCAGAACAGUACUACAGCGAAUUAGAGGAAAAGCGCACAGAUGAGUUCAAUGCAGAGAAGCAGCGGAUCACCAUGAAGAGGCUGGGCAUCGCCUUUGUGACUCUUAGAGAUGAGAGGAUGUCGGCUGUCAUCGUGAAGGACUACAGCCAUGUGCGCUGUCACAGCAGACCCCAGCAGUCCAGCAUCACUACUGUGGUGCAGUCGCAUAGAUGGGGCGUCAGCUACGCACCUGCUCCAAGUGACAUUAUCUGGGAAAACCUGUCUGUCUGUGGCUCUCGCUGGUGGCUGCGAUGUGUCCUUCUCAACAUCCUCCUCUUCCUGCUGCUCUUCUUCUUCACCACUCCCACCAUCAUUGUGAACACCAUGGACAAAUUCAACGUCACGCGGCCUGUGGAAAGUUUGAGGAGCCCAAUUAUUACCCAGUUCUUUCCGACCUUCCUGCUCUGGGUGUUCUCAGUGCUCCUGCCAUUCAUCGUCUAUUACUCUGCCUUCUUUGAGUCCCACUGGACCAGAUCAGUUGAGAACCAAGUGACGAUGCACAAGUGUUUUUUGCUGCUGGUCUUCAUGGUGAUCAUCCUUCCCUCACUUGGUCUGUCCAGUCUUGACCUCUUCUUCACUUGGCUGUUUGACAUCAACUUUCUGGAUGAGAAAGAGAUCAAAUUCCAGUGUGUGUUUCUUCCUGACAACGGUGCAUUCUUUGUAAACUACGUCAUCACCUCAAGUCUUAUCGGAACAUCUAUGGAGUUGCUUCGAAUCCCGGCUCUGACGGUGUACGCGCUGCGGCUCUGCUUUGCCAAGUCCCAGGCUGAGAGAAUACAUGUGAAAAGGAGUCAAGCUUAUGAGUUCCAGUUUGGCCUGGAAUAUGCCUGGACCUUGUGUAUCUUUGCUGUCAGUAUGACCUACAGCAUCACGUGUCCCAUCAUUACGCCCUUUGGUCUGCUCUACAUGAUCUUGAAGCACAUGGUUGAUCGAUACAACAUUUACUACGCAUACGUUCCCACCAAACUCAACCAGAAAAUCCACAGAGCGGCCACCAGUCAGGUUAUCGUGGCUCCAAUCCUUGGCAUGUUCUGGCUGCUCUUCUUCUCCGUGCUCAGAUUAGGUCCAAGGCAUCCCAUCACCUUGUUCACGUUAGUGUCUCUCAUCUGCUGUAUUGCCUGCUCCUUUUUCCGCAUAUGGCUUCGGAAAACAACAGACAAGUCAACAAGCUACCAGAUGUCUGAUCAGCCAGCUGGAGAAUCUUUCCCUGAUGCAGACAGGAGCACAGUAACAUCAACCACUGCCUCCAAUCUGUUUGUUGCAUCUGUGUUGCUGGAGCCAGAGCUGGCCUUAACUCCAAUGCCUUCCCCGGCUCACCACAGCUAUGGCGCAAUGGCCAGCUCUCAGAGUUCAGGUCAUGGACCAGUGGCAGGAGCAGAGGUUGAAGAGGAAAACACCAAAACUCAUGAGACUGAGCUCAGAGACCCUGCAGAGACCUACUGUUCCAGCCCACUCAUGGACAGCCCUACGGGCUACCAGUGACAGCAACUCCCACUUAAACUAAUUUCCUUGUGUCCUUUAGUUGUGGAACAAUGAUUAUUAAAUGCUGCAAUGCUGCAUUUUUACCAGUCAGACUCUAAUUUGGCUGCAUCAGACACUGAGGCGAGACAGAUCUUAUGUGAGGGCAUGAAGAAUCUGAUGCAAAAGCAGAAUUAUUUAAAAAGGAGCAUUCGAAUAGAAAGCAGCUAGCCAAAACCUUGCCUGAACCUGCUUCAUACACACAUGAAGAUCAAGCUAUUGUACAGAUAAUUUAAAAAAGAUUCUAUCUCCUACAGCUUCAUUUGCAAGUUAAAAAGGUUGAAAGUAACGAGGGGAGAAACAGGUUUGGAGCUGUUAUCCACGCUCCAUGCUGUGCAACUGGAACAUUAGUGGAGUUGAAAGUUCCCAUCACAGUGGGUGGUGUGAGCAGGCUUGCCCCGGCAGACUGACGGAGCCAGACCAGCCAUGGGUGAUAUGUGCUUCCUCUGUGAGGCCGAGGGUGAGGGCAGCGAGUUGUGAAGCCAUCUGCCGUGAGAGCGCAGGCAGACGGAGGGCAGAGUGAAGCUCUCAGAUGGACUGUAGUAUAUGUACAGUCUCGCCAUAGAGGCAGAAACAGCCUAAAGCUUAUUGUAAUUUAUCUCGAUAUAAGGUUGCUAUUUUUGCUACUGUAUUAUUGGUGUUGUUCAUGUGAAAGCUUUAGAUUGGAGGAUGGAGGGUACUCAGCCUUCCCUUCUUAAAAAGAAAAUGAUUCUGUUUAAACUGUGUACCUGAUCUAGUUGUUUUAAUAUGGUUUCACUUUUUUGCAGAGAGUUUCAGAAUAAAAUUAGGACUUCCCAAUAAAUUAGAAAACCAUGGAAAAUUUUAUUUAUUUCAGUAAUUCAAUUCAAAAACUCAUAUUUCCAGUGUUUGCGUGUAUUUUGAUUAAGAAAAUUUUAAUAUUAUGUAAGACAUCUCUGUGUUGUGGCUCUUGAUGUAUUGAAUCCAGCUGCAGCUCUAGUUAUCCAUGUUACUUAUGCAUCUUUCUGUGUACCACAGUUUUUCCUUCCACCCAACUUUCCACUAAUAUGGUUUACCCUCCUUGGAAAGGCUGUAGGUCAAAACAUGGAUGUAACAUUUCUAUAUUAAAAUAUAUUUUUGGUUGGUCUUAUGUAGUAUUUACAUAUUUUGAGAAAUUGAGUUUUGGGUUAUGUAAGCCAUAAUCAUCAAAAUCAAAGAAAAUAAAUGCUUGAAAUACAAA